AUGAUGAUAAAUAAUCGGUUGGCCGAAUCUAAUCAAGCUUCUCCUUUGUUGCAACCAUUACAACAAACUUUGCAUCCAUCUCAAUCUCAUCAAUCGCCUCUUCAACCCAUGCAAUCGUCUCAAUCUUUACAACCUUUACAACCUUCUCCCACACCUUCUCUUCCUAAUAAUAAUAAUAAUAAUUCAUCUUUACAAAAUCACCGAUUAAAUAAUCCAACAACAACAUCGACUUCUUCCUCACCUUCAUCAUCAUCAACAAAUUAUCAUCAUCAAAAUCAUCCAAGUUAUCAAAAUCUUCAUAAUAUUCAGUUACCUAAUAUAAAAGUACCAUUUCCGCCAAUAAUCAAUCUAAAAGAAUUAAUCUCAAGACCAAGAAAAGGAAAAACAAAAGUUCCGUCAAAACCACCGAAUGCUUUUAUGAUUUAUCGUAUGCAAUAUGUUAAAGAAUUACACGCAAGAAAUCAUCGUCUACCAAUGAGAAGCAUAUCUCCUUCUGUAGCAAAUUCUUGGAGAGAAGAACCAGAUUCUGUUGUUAAUCAUUAUGAGCAACUUGCCAGAGAUGCAAAGCACCAUUUGAACACAAGAUUCCUUUACGUUUGA